UAACAAAUUGCCAAUUUGUUGUAAUGGGUUAUUAAUGUUUAAACGAGAAAUACCAAAACCCAUAAUGACAGUUAAAAUGUGGUGUUCACUAAUUAAAACCACAUUAAAACUGAUAAAUGGGUUUACGGGUUUGAAUUGUUGACACAACAGAAACCAAAUAUCACCAAGACUGUCACAACGGCGUCUAGGGACUUUCGCAAAAAGUAACUAGAUUUGAAAUUUUUGUCACGUGACUUUUAGUAAUAACCCCACCACAAUGUAGACAUGCUUGUUAUUGUUUAGUUUUUAGUUCUUACUUGUUUGCGGUGUGCGAAUUUCGCAACACGUGUAAAAUGUGAAGUGUUGCAGUUAUUUUCCGACUUUAAACUAAAACCCAAAACACCAUGGUGAAGAUAUUUUGUAAACUGUGUCUCCAACCUGUUGCUGCAACAGAAUGGAAGUCUCACAUCACACAAAAACGGCACUUACAAGAACUGCCGGCCAAAAUCGUGGUCAAAGGACCAUUCAAACAGGACGAAAUUCACAAAGUUUUCGAGUAUUUCGUGAAAUUCGGGGGCGUGCGGGGCCAAAACGUAACGACUAACGGCCUCGAAGUUUCCAUAGAGUAUAGAUUUUGGAAUGCGAGAGAUUAUUCGGAAAUUAUCCACCAAGAGCACGCCCUUUUUGACAACGAACUGGAAAUCAGCUGGUUCAAAAAAGCCAAAUCAGGUAACCUUGAACACGUGCUUCCAGACGAGAGAAUGCGCAAAGAAAAAUUUGUCUACCGAAAAAUCGCCAUUUUAAAUAGUCUUAACGAACUGUCAAAUUUCGACGAGCAGCUAACCCUCCUACUAAACAAAGUUAAAAUCCCCAGACCCGACUUGGACUCAUUCAAGAAAAUUAUCUACGACCAUUUAACCGCCGCUUUAGUUUCGCAUUUCCCGCACAGCAUGAUCCAUUUUUUUGGUUCGAGAGUCACAGAUUUGGAUAUCCACGACAGUGAUUUAAACAUUUACCUCGAUAAUACUGACUCGCAGUUGGCGACACUGGAGUGUAUCAAAGAGCUAAUCGAGCGAAGCGAAUUUUUCGAACGGGUUUCGUUGUGUCUUGAUGGCGACUCUCCAGUGGUUAAAUUCGAGCACAAAAAGACUAAAAUUUUCUGUCAAGUCAGUAUUAAAAACGAGCUGCCGGUUGGUAACACCGAAUUAAUAAAAUUCUAUUUAAUGCUCGACGAGAAACUCAAACCCUUGAUUGUGUUGAUAAAAUUUUGGCUCGAUUGUUGUGGCCUCAGACACGAAAAUGGUUUGUCCAGUUACGCGAUUUGUUUGAUGGUACUGUUCUACCUCCAACAAGACCCUUACAAUUUACCUUCUGUGGCGGACUUGCAGACGGACUUACCACCGGAUGAAGUCGACGGCUGGAACUGUGCUUUCGGUCCGGUCGAAUUUACGAGUUCGAGUCUCGAAAACGCGACAAUUUUUGAAUUGAUGGUCGGUUUUUUGGAGUUUUAUAGCAAAUUCGACUACGCGUCGACGGUGCUAUCACCAUAUUGGGGUUCAGCGAUUGAAAAGAUUGGUUUUCUGAAACCGUACGAACUCCCGGACUGUUUUGAAAACUUUGUAAACUCGGACAAGGUUUUCGUAGUGAAUUCUGGAAUUUGUGUUCAGGACGUGUUCGAGCAUUCGAAAAAUGUCUCCCUUUCGGUUGAUUUAUCAUCCGUUGCGAGAUUCACGGCUGUGUGUAGAAAGUCUUUAGAAUUAGCGCGCUCAAAUGCCAAAGGAAUAUUGUUUAAGUUGUUAGCGUCAGACGAGGAUUUAAAUGAGUUUUCUGUUAUUAAUGACGACUUCUGUGAUGAACACGAAUGGAUAGGAGUAAUUAAAUCUCUCGUUUCGACGAUUUUGACACGGAUUUGUCGCUGUGAUAUUGUUGAGAAGAUUGAAGAAACUGGGGUUUGUUAUGAUUGUAGUGGAGAUUUUAAUGUUUGGGACGAUAGAGUUCAGACUUUGAAAAAUCUUCCUGUUGAUAGAAAAAUGAACACUGUUGAAAGAGAAGUGGCUGUGAGUUCGCAUAUAGUGAACAAUUCUUCCAAAGAGGCAACCUGGAAAAUGGCAGUUUCGUUAAAAUUUGACACAAAUCCGUCUAGAGUCAGUAUUAGUUUUAAGGAUGAAGAAAAUCUACCUCUGAUUUUGGACAUUCAGCAUUUUGUAUACGUUAGAUUAUUGGAGAUGCUGAAUCGCAAACUCGAAAUAUGUGUGGACGAUUCAGAUGUUGAAAUGCCUCUAGCUAAGGAUGACCCAAUUGACAAAGUAGAUCAAGAUGACGAGACGAUCAAAAAUUCGGAACAAAGUGAAGACAAAGGAGAAGAGAAAAUAAAGACUGUCAAUCAAGAAACUCAGUCCUCUAUCGAUCUGAACAAACCAGAUAAUGAUAGCGAUACUGAGAUGAUUUCGAAUACUAGUCAAACGAUUAAAGUUGACAUUGACGAAGAAUCUUCCACACAAGACACUGUUAAAACAAACGAACACGAACCGGGCAUCCAAGAUGGCGCAACAUUCGAAAAUCAGGCAGCCAUUUUUGAAAAAAACUUAGACGUACAGAGAGCACAAAUCUUGUCAAACCACAACCGAGUUAUCGCCGACCUAUCAACACUCCUAAAAACCGACUUCCCGAAGUUGGUUUUCGAUUUUUCCGAAACGAGUAUCACAGGUUACAACUGCUUGAUGCAAAUUUAUGUAGAUGGCGUAAACAUCGAAACAGUGGAACGUUUGAUUCGUGGCAGCGACAAGUUCACCCAAUUAUCUCGACCGAGCGUUUUCGACUAUGUCAUCCACGGUGAGCACGUCGCGACGCACACGAAUUUCGCCCUAAACCUCAACGAUAACUCAGCUUUACUUACGAGUCGGUUGAUCACACAAUACAUGUCUUCAGACCCCCGAAUUUCCUCUUUGUUGACUAUCAUCAAGUUCUGGGAUGACUUGUUUGAGGACAGGUUUACGAAUAAUCUCACGAUUCCUCUAAUGGCGAUUUUUUAUCUACAAAUAGUUCAUAAAUUCCCAGACGUGCACACUUCCCCGGUACUAACUUUCUCAAACGACUUAAAGGAUCUCGUGGUCGGGUUUUUUCGGUUUUACGACUCGUUCGAUUACGUUAAUUACGUGAUUUCGCCGUAUUUUGCUUCGCUUGUUCAGAAAACGCGGCUGUUGAAACCGUACGACUUGUCAGACCGACAGUACGUAGACCAGAGUGUGGACUUCUCCAUUAGUUCGAGUAUCGACGUCCAAGAUCCGUUUCAGCUGUAUAAAAAUUUAACGAUCGAUGUGACGCUUUGUAGUCUAGGUGCUUUCACUAGGCGGGUUCGGCACACCCUACUUUCGUUACAAGAAACCCAAUCUUUGUCUGUUUUGGUCACACGUCGGGAGACUUUCCCAGGGAUAAGUCACACCCUUGAAAAAAAAGAUACCCAAGAUGCGCAAACGUGGUUACACAGUAUUAAAGUCGUCUUAACGAAACUUUUAAAAGACGUGGUUGAUUGUUCUAGUCUUAGUGAGUACGAAACUGGUGCCUUAGUUACUUGGGUGUGUAAGGGAGAGCGUAAUGUUUUCCAACACCGGACUCACGCAGCUAAAAGACUGAUUUUACCGUCUGGUAUUACUGACUUAGAUAGAGAAAUUGGCGUUACAAGAGCGGUUAAUGCGCAGUUCAGUCAGAGCAUGACCCCGUGGGAGUUGGAGUUGGAACUUAGUGUGGACAAUUCGAACUUGGUGACUCUGUGUGUGAAAAAAGGACCACCUGUACCGGGAAUUAAUUUCAUCGGACACUUUCUCUAUGUGCACUUAAUGAAAGCUCUGGAUGGUGACCUGGAUGUUAAGCGACACUUACAACAAGUAACGGACCACCCGACGACAGAUAUUUUAGCCAAUAGUCUUCAAGCCGUGUCAUCCGUUGCCACUCAAGCCACCUCCAUACGGACCACUUGUUACAUAAAUAAAGUCAAGUUUGCGCAAAAUCGCGCCACCAUAGAAAGUGACUUAAAAUCAGCACUGGCCACUUUCACCCCAAAAAAAGUGGUCUUCAAUUUCCGACUUUUGUCGUCAGAGAACUUAGGCAUUUACAUCGAGACCGAGCACCCCCUCCCCAAAAUCCACCACCUAAUUUCCAACAGCCACCUCUUUUCCGAAAUUUGCGUAACGACGGACUUUAUUAGGUGCACGCACGUCGAAACUAACCUCACUUGCGACUUAAACACGACCGAUCGACUAUCAGAAGCCAGAAAUAACCUACUCAAGUACUACCUGGAUUUAGACGACAACGUCUCGUCUUUGAUGUACUUCGUCAGGUUCUGGGUGGAUCAUAAUCGCUUGACCGGCAUUCAGGGUUUUUCAAGCAACGCCAUCUACAUUAUGGUCAUUUUUUUCCUGCAACGACGGUACAAACUGCCGAGUGUGAAAGAACUCCAAGUCGGGGUACCACCCAACGACGGGUGCGCCUUCAAACAAGUCAAGUUCACCAGUCUCGAGCUGCGCAACGUCUCGAUGUGUAGCUUGGUGCUACAAUUUUUUGACUUUUACGGGAGUUUUGACUACAUUUCGCUGAUAAUUUCGCCGUAUUUGGGUCACCCGAUUGAGAAAACUUUGUCAGUUGGGUCGGGUUUUUGUGUGUAUGAUUUUUUCAGCCGGGUGAACGUGUGUUCGGCUGAUUUGUACUUGUGUGGAAAGUUCGCCACGCUUUGUCGAAUUUCGUCGCAGUUGAUAGUCGAAAGCGAGGAAAAUUUUUUCCAGUGUUACAUCAUCGACCAGCGGACGUCGUUUUCCGUUCGAAGCGACAUCAACGAUGUUAGUGAAAGUGUUUAUUUUGUGGAGCAGAUUUUUACUAAAGUUUUUGGGUGCAGUAUGGUGGUUUGCGACCGGACUGAUACGUCCACUAGGUAUCGAUGUGGGGUGACCCACGAUGUGUGGACCAGGCGGAUGCAAUGUAGGAAAAGCGUGACUGAAGCUCCGGACGCGUUUAACAGAGAAUGCGCAGUCACGGCAGACGUAGUGACCAAGUUUCCGCAAAAGUCGUGCGGUAGUUUUUUCCUAAAAAUCAAAACUAGUCAGAAGUCGAUUGAAAUCAGGCUUACGAUGAUCAACGACUUUCCGUUGAUAUUUCACAUGUGUCACUUUCUCUACGUCACUUUUUACAAACCUCCGGGACCUGACGUCGCCAGAAGUCUCGAAAUAGCGAACAAAACGUCGUGGGAAAAAACUAACCCGUCUGAUUCCAACCUCUCUUUCAUUAUCCAACUGUCUGAAAAAAACCCCCGGACUUUCGCCUCUCAGCUAUCCUUUUUUUAUUCGACUUUCUGCACCUCUAACACCGCUUUACAAGUCAAAAUAAAUAGGAUUGCAGCCGAUUUGCGUUCGAUUUUGAACCACAACAAUAUUUUAUUUUAUGGUUCGUGUCUUCUAGGUGUGCACACCCCCAACAGCGACAUCAACAUCCAAGUGUGCAAUACUUCGUUGGAAACAAUCGAGCAGCUGCUGCUUGGUAGUAACGACUUCACUGACGUUAUUAUGCGCCAACACGACUACAUUAAGUGUGUACACAACCAUACUAAGCAAAGUCUUACUUUUGCCACUAGAGACGAAAUCGCUUUAGCCACCCAUGAGCUACUCUCGUGUUACUUGAGCGGCUGCGACGAUUUUUGCGUUCUUGUGUCUGUAAUCAAACACUGGGCGCGUUGUUGCAACGUGAUUAAAAGUAUCACGGGUCACUUGAUCACCUUGUUGGUGAUUUUUUACAUGCAGGUGGAACAUAAGUUACCUUGUGUGGCAGACCACCAAAAAUCUAUUCCGACGAUUUUCAGACACAAUUGGAACACGGCGAUCAGUCGAUACAAAGGUUUUUAUUUGAAUAGUUUCCCGAAAGUGGCGAUUCUCGACUUAGUCAAAGGCUUCUUCAAGUUCUACGAAUCCUUCGAUUAUUUUUCGUACGUGGUGGCACCAUUUUGUGGAACCCCGAUUGCUAAAAUUCGAUUUCUGCAGCCUUUCGCGGUCCCGGAACAAUACGAAUUGUACAAGAAUCAAGAUCGUGAACUGGAAGUUGAUACCGGGAUGUGUAUUCAGUGUCCGUUUGAGCAUACUAGAAAUCUUUCGACCUCGGUUCGGUACUCCACGGCAGCCACUUUUGCCACUCUGUGUCGACACGCGCUUUGUCGCCUCCAACAAAACGAAAAGAAAAUGUUGUAUGACGUGUUGAUGUUUAACAAUGUCCAGAAUGUCAAGUUUUCGCUACCAAGACCCGCGCAAGUGAAUCGAGACGCGUGGUUAGACUCGGUUAAAACCGUCACAGUUCGGAUUUUGACUGACUUGUUGGGUGGGAAAAUCGUGCAAGAAACGGUGGUUGGAAGUGCCACCACGAGGUACAAGUGUCAGGGUGUAGUCAGUGUGCUCGAGAAUCGAGCGGCGAUUUUGAAGAAAAUUUCGGCUGAAUGUAGUGGGAAAAGCUUGAUUGAUCAAGAAAGUGCAGUGAGUUCGCACAUUUUGCAACGUAGUGAUGCAAAGGAGCAGAAGAGUUGGGGGAUCGGAGUACAAAUAGUGGCCACGAAAACGUAUCCAGUCAAGGUUUCAGUGUACUUUAGUGGACCGUUACAAAUGACGGUUUGUCAUUUUGUCUAUACUAGGUUAUUGAAGUUUUUGAAUGGCGAUCAAGACGCGGUACUAAAGAGGAAAAAUGAAGAUUUUUCGACUACUUCGUCCCCCAAAAGAAGCAAAGUGUGUGUAGCUAGCACGAUUUCGUCCGAGAAGCAAUCUACUUCUAGUUUUUCUCAGGAGAAAGCAGCAGCUGACAGUAGUUUGGAAGGGACUGAAGAAUUGGAACGCAGUUGUGAAGAUGACACGACGAAGAUACAAAAUUCUGUUAGCGGUUCUCCUGAGAAGAAUGAAACGAAAAGUGCAGAUACAAAAUCGCCACAUGUGUCUUCUGAAUCUUCAACUGAAGAACUGCCAAAUUCUGUGAGCGUUCCCACUGAGAGCUCAGUAGAAUCUGCUGUCUCGUGUGACAACCAAACUACUUAUGAUUCUUCUGAGCACAGUGGAACUGAAGAAUUGAAACACACUCUUGAAGAUUCUUCUAUCGUGACUAGUUCUUCCCCAAAAUCAGAUCAAAAACCGCAAGAUGUUGAUGCUUCUAACUCUUCAAGUGAAGAAAUCGAUAGAGCGUCAGUCGUUUCUUCACAGACAACAGAAGAGUCUGUGGUUGUAAAAUCUGUUGCUUCAUUUGAAAAUCAAGGUAGUGCUACUUCUGAGAACAAUUCACCAGUGCUGCCGUCUGAUGAUACUAAUUUCUUGAUAAAUAGUUCUUCAUCCAACGAAGCAGACAUUGAUAGUGUUUCAUCUGUUUCAAAAAAUGAAGAAGUAUUUCAGGAUGAAGUAGAAUCCAAUUCUUCAACUGAGAAACAAGCAGACGUGUCUGUAAUAUCUUCAGAAACAGGAGAAGGUGUUACAGACUCACUUUCUGUAUCUUCUGUUGAAGAAAUUGGUGCAGUUAUAGAAGUUGAGAUGUCUACAACACUAGCGACAACAGUUUCUUCAAAUCAAGCAGACAUAGUCUUGUCUUCUUCCUCAAGUGACACAACACCGUGUGAAGAUAAAGAUGAAAUAGAAGAAGUAGAAUCUAAAGACGUUGAAGUACGAACUUCUGAAGAAACAGGCUUAUCUUCUUCCUCAAGUGACACACAACCUUGUGAAGAUGAAGUGAAACCUACGACGACAGAUUCUAGACCAGUUUCUUCUGAAAUCCAGGAAGCGAAUUCUUCUAAUGCCACUAUUUCAAAUCAGCAGUCGAAGCAAGUUGCUCCAAAUCCAACAUUCGUUCCCGAAGAAGCAAAGCUCGCCGUCCUCAAAGAAACCCAAAAUCAACCAACCUUCGCAGCACAGACGUCCCACUUUUGCACUAAGUUACUAGUAGGCGAAGCCACAAUCCAAGCCAAUCAGAUCGCCAUCAAACACGACUUAAACACCGCCAUGGGGGGCGUUUCGCUCGACAGAAUCGACUUCUUCGGGCCGUCGAGUACCUUCAUGUCCGUCGAAGGCAGCCACUACUACGUCAACGUCAACUUACCGCGGCCGCGCGACUUCAAACCCCCCAAGCACCAACUACUUAAGUACUACAUACUCAGAAGCGGCAAAUUCUGCGAAAUUCUAGCAUCCCCGACUCAGAGUGUGGUGAAAUGUAAACACAAAGAAACGAACGUCGAAUGCGUAAUCCACACCGACAACGAGCUAUCAGUUUUCAAUGGCCGCCUCAUCAAGUACUACGUAUCUCUAGACCCCAAGUUGCGCCAGCUGUUCUUCGUGAUUACGUGCUGGUGGAAGUUCAACGACGUGGAGGAACGAACGUCGUUCUCGAUUUAUGCUAUAUAUUUAAUGAUAAUUUUCUAUCUCCAACAAGAGCCUUUGAAGCUGCCUAGUGUGAGUAGGCUCCAACAGAACGCUUGUCCGGUCUAUAGACAGACGUGGAAUGUGGCCUUUAUACCGUCGAGAUUCCCCAAUCAAGCUUUGAAAGCCGCAACAAUCAAAGACUUGGUGUUCGGUUUUUUCAAGUUUUACGCGACUUUCGAUUUUUACUCUUACGUAGUGGCUCCUUUUGUGGGUUUGGCCGUCGAUAAAGUCAACUUUUUGAAACCAUUUCGGCUGCCAGUGUGUUACAAGUCUUUUGUUAAAUUGGGUGCUAGUUUGACUUUCGGGAUGGGGGCCUGGAUUCAAGACCCGUUUGAACACACUAGGAACGUCACGGAUUCUGACAAUAUCGUGUACGUUGAUAGAUUUACGUCACUGUGUCGGGUGGCUCUUGUGGGGAGCUCAGGUGAAAACGAAUUAUUAUAUAGAUUAAUGAGUCCGGGUGUCAAGAUUGACCAUGGGGUUGAAAUCGAGAAAGACGAGACCUGGGAAGAGCAAAAGUGGAUGCAGAAAGUUAAAAAUGUGCUGCUGAGUAUUUUAAAGAAAAUUUUAUACUGUGAGGUUGUUUUGAUUGACCAGAAGAAGAUGAACGUGGAUGGUGGUACCAAAGGGGUGUUUGAACGCACUGUGGUCACUUGUAAAGGUACCAAAGAGGUGUGGAAUGGUCGAGUUAAUAUUGCCAAAUUGUACGAAACGCACAUCCCUCUCGGUACCAACUGCUACACCUCCGAUAAGUUUGUGUCAAAAAUUAUAAUGAAGGAUUGUCAACGCGUUUCCACGUUCGGGUUAAGUGUGGAGAUGUUGUUCACGCGGAACCCAACGACCGUGAAGAUCACAGUGUUAGAAGAGCAACUGUCACACUUGACCCAUUUUCUUUACACUAGAAUGUUGGCAGUACUGGAAACGUCGCAAGUCGAUCGACAAAUUUGGAGCCCUUUGCAGUUCCGUAUCGAGACUAAGUCGCCCCCCAGCGCCAUCUGCGAGCCCUACAAAAUCUUGGUUAAAGACAACAUCAACUACGCAAUGAUGCUCCAAAUGCACGACUAUUUUUCAAAUUUUGGCAAAAUCGUGGAAGUGAAAGUCCUGGGUGAGGACACAAAACUGGCGCUUGAGUAUUGUUUCGCCGAUCGUGACGUCUAUCUUUUGGUUAUACAAAGCGAGCACUUAUUUUUAAAAAAUAAGUUGAAAAUAAUUCCGCUGGCUCCGUUGAAAACGACAAUUCCGAAUGCUAAAUUUAAGGACCGGAGACUCGAGAUAGUGCACGGCGUUGCCAAAUUUACCACCUUCCAACAACAAGUGGACGACUUGUUGUGUCAAGUUAAUUCUUACAAAGAAAAGGCUGAACAAAAGUACAAACUGAUUUUAAACAACUUUGGUACUACUUUGUCUGGAAAGUUUACCUGUAGCGACGUUGUCGGUACGAAUUUGGCUGCCGUGGAUGUUAGUACUGACUUUGUAGAAGUGUAUGUUGAACCCGUGACUAAGCCUGAAAGUUUGAAAGACUUGAUUGACGCCAGUGGCAGUUUUUACUCAGUGUCGCUCACUAGUGACACCUUAAUCACUUGCAAACACGUCAAAACUGAACUUAAGUGCCACCUACGAGUCAACAAGUUGACGAUGAAGCGCCGUCUUUUGAUCCAGUAUUACUUAAGUUUAGACGCUAAAAUCCCGAAGUUUGUGACUUUGGUUAAGUUUUGGGUGGACUAUUACGACUUAGUUGACGCUUUCACAGACAGCGCGAUGUAUCUUAUGGCAAUUUUCUACCUACAGCAACAACCGUAUAACUUACCUUGUGUUAAAAAUCUCCAAGACGGGGUAACCCCAGAAGUCACUGAAGGUUGGAAUUGUGCCUAUGCUGAAGUCCCCGAAUUCACAAACCCCGCACUGGAAUCUGCCACAAUUCUAGAUUUACUAAGCGGCUUUUUCAAGUUUUACGCCAAUUUUGAUUACGUUACAAACUUAAUUUCGCCAUAUUUCGGUUCGCCUAUCCCUAAAACGAGUUUUUUGAAACCUUUUACCCUCCCCGACGGGUUUGAACAAUUCCAAACCCUCCGAAAAAACCUCGACGCGAACUCGGGUGUUUUCGUGCAAGACUUUUUCGACCACCGGCGCAAUCUUGCAAGUUCGGCUUCUCUGAACUGCAUGGGGGGCUUUACCAAUCUUUGUCGAACGUCGCUGCAGCUCAUCAACUCCGACGAGAACUUUCUCUUAUACAAACUACUGAUUAACGUCCAGCGGCACAUUUUCGAAUACCCUGAGUUCGUGAUCAAUAAAAAUGACGAGCGAAGCGAGCAGGGGUGGUUUCAGGGUGUUAAAACUAUGACCGUGAAGAUUCUGACGGACGUUUUGGACUAUAAAUUGUCGAAGGCGGUUUUUGGGGGUGAAGUGGUGAGUUUUGAGUUCGUCGGGCAACAUAACGUGUGGAAUGACAGGGUUAAAGCGAUGAAGAAGCGCUCAGGGCGGCGAGGGGUGGAUCGAGAGGUGGCGAUUAGUUCCCGGGUUGUUCGGGACGCUCCCGAAAAAAUCAACUGGAAACUGUUUCUGGAUUUGUUUUUUUUGAAAGACCCGUGUCGCGUCAAGGUUAUUUUUAGACAGAAACCGGGCUGUUUUAAUGUGUUUCACGUCUGUCAUUUUCUGUACACGAAGUUGGUGAUGUUUUUGGAGGAAAUUAAGGAUGACCCAGAGGAAAUUGGCGAGGUUUCAGGGGUUGACGAUAGUGACAAGAAAUUAGUUCCUGAGGAAGAGGAAGACGACGAUGUUCCGUCCGACUUCUUCGACGACUUUGCGAACGAGGAUUUCUUAGACGGGUUGAACAUUCUGGACGACAAGGUAGCUGAAGUUGCGAAAAUCACGAAACCCGAUUAUCACAAAGAGAACGAAUCCAACAACAAGAAAGUACUUAAGUCGAGUGACAAAGAACGGUCUUCGACUGAGAACGAGUCUAAAGACAAAAAGAUGUUAAAAUCGGGCAAGCAACAUAAGGAACGGUCUUCAGUUAAAGAUGGGUGUGACGAUGAUAGAAUAUUGCAGCCUGGCCAUGCGCUCAGGGAACGACUGAGACUACGAGACGAACGACGCGAACGUGCCAGGUCUCGAAUACGCUUGAAGUCAAAAAGUCGGUUUGAAUCUAGAGAUAGAUCUAAGAUAAGUUCGAAUAGUACAGUCCGGAAGUACAUCACGACCACGAGUCGGAUUGUUAUUAAAACUAGAGUGAGAAGUAGAACACCGUCACCGUGUCGUUCCAAACGGGAAAAAAGAAGUAGAAGUCGAGAGUGUCGUUCCAGAAGACUUCCACACAGGUUUACCACCAGAAAUAGAACUAGAUCUCCUUCACCGUACAGUUCGAAACGACGAAAAAGAAGCAGAAGCCCCGAUUAUCGCUCCAGAAGGCGCAGUUUGAGCAGAGGUUCCAACAAAUCGCCUACUAGAAGGGUCCUUCCACAGAACUCCUUGCUGGAAGAAAUCAAGAAAAAAAUCAACGAGGUUAAACCUCGUAUCGCUUUGCCCAGGGUACAACCAGUACCAAUGACUCGUGUUCCUCUGAUUCCUAACCCACGCCCACUUUACAACGAAAAUUUUGUUGUGGCUACUCCCGUUCCCUACCAGCAACGAGUAUUAGCACCCAUACCGCUAAUUCCGCUUCCAGAAACUACGCCUUCAGCUGAAACAACCCAACGAGAUACAUCUGCGAAUCAUUCAGUUUUUGCCCAUCUCCAGAAAAAAGCUAAAGUACUUCGGCGCUGUCACGAUUUGACUCAAUUUCUGAACCACAAUCCGCGUCCGACUUGUUUGACUAAAUCCUUGCCGAAAUUGUCUACGUCGCCAAGGUACCAGUCGCCGGUGAAGACAGCGCUGGAUCUGUCGUUCAAGUUUACGUCACCGCCGGAGCAACCUGUCAAGGAUACCUACGCGGAGGCGCUCCACAAGGUUGUGGAACAAGCCGGAAUGGUGAAGGAAGUUGGUGUCAAGAGAGACAAAGUCGUGGAUAAAGUUACCGAAGUCCUGGAAACGCUGAAGAAGGCCUUGUCUGACGCAGUACAGAAGGAAUGAAUUGUGCCAUAAAACUUAGUCAAUUCAAAUUUUUUAAUGUCUAUAAUUUUCUACGUACUUAGUUCUAUCCAACUAAAGACUCAUUUUUUGAAAAUCUAUCAUUUUCUACGUACUUAGUUUUAUCCAACUAAAGACUUAUUUUGUUUUUUGUAAAUAGUUUGAUUCCUAUAUGAAUGUUAUAUUAUUUUUGUAUA